AUGGGACGUCUACAAGUUGCUAUUGAUCGAGGUGGAACAUUUACUGAUGUUGUAGCUCGUACAUCAGAUGGUAAAAUUAUUACAAUGAAAUUAUUAUCUGAAAAUCCAGAAAAAUAUAAAGAUGCACCAACAGAAGCAAUACGUCGAUUAAUAAAACAAGAUUCUUUUUCACUUAAUCCAACUGAUAUUGAUUGGAUUCGUAUGGGUACAACAGUAGCAACAAAUGCAUUACUUGAACGAAAAGGUGAACGUAUUGCAUUACUUGUUACAAAUGGUUUUCAUGAUUUACUUCAUAUUGGAAAUCAAUCACGACCUAAAUUAUUUGAUUUAACCGUUCGUAUAUCUGAUGUUAUUUAUGAAGAAGUAAUUGAAGUAAAUGAAAGAGUUGUACUUUCUCGUGAUGAUUGUCAAUUAACUGAUGAAAUACGUGGGAAAAUUCAACAAAAAACAACAACAACAGGAGAAAAAAUUGAAAUUUGGAAAGCAGUUGAUGAAGAACAAUUACGUAAAGAUUUAAUUAAAAUUAAAGAAAAAGGUAUUUUAUCAAUAGCUGUAGCACUUCUUCAUUCAUAUUGGUAA